AACAUUGAUACUAUUCAGUUUAUCGGCGUCACUCUGACAGGACAAUGGCGUUAUCUGGAAAUGUACAUAUUCUAAUCAUCAUCAUGAUGGCAGUUUCGAUGGAAGUUUCGCACCAACUAUCUGUAAGCAUUUCCAAUAUACACCUUGCCGUCGAUUGCGAUUUGCUUUGUCCAUUAUAUUUCCGGAUUUGUGUCUUCAUUCUUCCGGAUCUCGGACAUUGCUCAAGUACAAGAGCACCCCUUGACUGCCUGGAUACCAAGUGCAAAGAACUGACUAUGCGAAGUGUAAAUCAUUCAAACCUUUAUUUUACACCUCAGAACAUCCACAACGAAACAGCAAUAAACGUCUUUAUUUCUGAGAUUAAAACAACCGGAUAUUGUGAGCCCUCUAUACCGAAUGAUUGCCGGUAUAUGAACCAAUCUUCCUAUCUAAUCAACGAUGGACCUUUCAGUUUUCAGGUAACACUUACAGGUUUACCUGCACUAAGGUAUUUUCCACCGACACUUCCAG